CAGCACUGCUUCCGGUCGGUGGCGCUUCGCUCUGGCCCGAGCCAGGUCAGUCGGGGAGUGCAGCUUGCCCAUCCCGGGCUCUGGGCUCCUAGACCAGGGGUGGGCCCUGCCAGGAGUGGGCCUGAGCCUCGCACGUCCUCUGAAACUACGCUGUGCUCUGCCUUUGCGGCGCGACGGGCGUGGGAGCGGGGGCUGCCCAAAGGUGCGCUGGGGUUGGAGGAAGUGGCCCGGUAGCCGCUCUGUGUCCUGAGGCCGUAAGGCCCCGACCCCACCCUUGAAGCUGGCGACGGAGCAGGGCCCGUUUUCUCUACACAAUAGUCAUGAUCCGCUGGGCCCCCAGCGCAUCUCCUGGAAGAGGCCACUCACCCUGGACGAGCUCUUCGGUAGCCUCAGACCGUCCUUGAAGAGGAUGACUGAGACAUUAUGGGCCACGCGCUGUGUGUCUGCUCUCGGGGAACUGUCACCAUUGAGAAUAAGCGCUACCUCUUCAUCCAGAAACUGGGGGAGGGCGGGUUCAGCUAUGUGGACCUAGUGGAAGGGUUACAUGAUGGACACUUCUACGCCCUGAAGCGAAUCCUGUGUCACGAGCAGCAGGACCGGGAGGAGGCCCAGCGAGAAGCCGACAUGCAUCGCCUCUUCAAUCACCCCAACAUCCUUCGCCUGGUGGCUUACUGUCUGCGGGAACGGGGUGCUAAGCAUGAGGCCUGGCUGCUGCUACCGUUCUUCAAGAGAGGUACGCUGUGGAAUGAGAUAGAAAGGCUGAAGGACAAAGGCAACUUCCUGACCGAGGAUCAAAUCCUUUGGCUGCUGCUGGGGAUCUGCAGAGGCCUUGAGGCCAUUCAUGCCAAGGGUUAUGCCCACAGGGACUUGAAGCCCACCAAUAUAUUGCUCGGAGAUGAGGGGCAGCCAGUUUUAAUGGACUUGGGUUCCAUGAAUCAAGCAUGCAUCCAUGUGGAGGGCUCCCGCCAGGCUCUGACCCUGCAGGACUGGGCAGCCCAGCGGUGCACCAUCUCCUACCGAGCCCCAGAGCUCUUCUCUGUGCAGAGUCACUGUGUCAUCGAUGAGCGGACUGAUGUCUGGUCCCUAGGCUGUGUGCUAUAUGCCAUGAUGUUUGGGGAAGGCCCUUAUGACAUGGUGUUCCAAAAGGGUGACAGCGUGGCCCUUGCUGUGCAGAACCAACUCAGCAUCCCACAGAGCCCCAGGCAUUCUUCAGCAUUGCGGCAGCUCCUGAACUCGAUGAUGACCGUGGACCCGCAUCAGCGUCCUCACAUUCCUCUCCUCCUCAGUCAGCUGGAGGCGCUGCAGCCCCCAGCUCCUGGCCAGCAUACUACCCAAAUCUGAAAAAGCAGCAUGUUGAGAAGAUGGCCGCUUGUGCCUUGGAAAGAGGUUCCCAUCGUCAUUGGAAUCUCCACCCAUUCCAUCCAGGACUUCUCUUACACUUGGGGGCAGCGGGGUCAGGACAAUCAUCUCAGUCCUGCAUCUGCUCUUCUGCUUUCUUCUCUCCAAGAGCAAAACCUGGGCAAGGGGACUUACUGAGUGGGGGUGGGUGGGGGUUGGGAAAAGGGAAACUGGUGGGAUAUGGAACAUGGCUCUGAGCAGGACUUUUGAGCUCACAUAGUGUUCUGACUCCAAAUCUGGGAGUAGGAGAAUGUAUAAACAAGAAUAAAGUGGAAGCAGGUUGGUGUGGA